GGAGCAAACCAGCUCGGUUUUUAGAAAUGUUCAUCGAAAGCUUCAAGGUCGAGAGCCCGAACGUGAAAUACACGGAGAAUGAGAUCCAUUCCGUGUAUAAUUACGAGACGACGGAGGUCGUCCAUGAGAACUGUAAUGGCGCUUACCAGUGGAUUGUGAAGCCAAAGACCGUCAACUACGAAUUCAAAACCAAUGUCCACGUCCCGAAAUUAGGGGUUAUGCUUGUGGGUUGGGGAGGAAACAAUGGCUCUACCCUUUCCGCCGGUGUGAUUGCGAACCGAGAAGGAAUUUCAUGGGCAACCAAGGACAAAGUCCAGCAAGCGAAUUACUUCGGCUCACUCACCCAAGCAUCAUCCAUUCGUGUCGGAUCGUACAACGGAGAAGAGAUCUAUGCCCCUUUCAAGAGCCUUCUUCCUAUGACUGGUCGUUGUUGUCUGGUUUGCUGUCGGAACAGGUGAACCCUGACGAUGUUGUGUUUGGCGGAUGGGAUAUAAGCGACAUGAACUUGGCGGACGCCAUGGCAAGGGCCAAGGUUCUAGACAUUGAUCUUCAGAAGCAGCUCAGGCCUUACAUGGAGAACAUGGUUCCACUCCCCGGAAUCUACGAUCCUGAUUUCAUUGCCGCGAAUCAGGGCUCACGUGCCAACAAUGUCAUCAAUGGCUCCAAGAAGGAACAGGUCGAUCAGAUCAUCAAGGACAUCAGGGAGUUCAAGGAGAAGAACAAGUUAGACAAGGUGGUGGUUCUGUGGACAGCAAACACGGAGCGUUACAGCAAUGUGAUGUCUGGUCUAAAUGAUACGAUGGAGAAUCUCUUGGCAUCUGUUGACAAGAACGAACCUGAGAUCUCUCCUUCCACUCUUUACGCCAUAGCCUGUGUUUUCGAAGGUGUUCCAUUCAUCAAUGGCAGCCCACAGAACACCUUUGUCCCAGGUCUAAUCGAUAUGGCCAUCAGGAGAAACUGCUUGAUCGGUGGGGAUGACUUCAAGAGUGGUCAGACCAAGAUGAAAUCAGUCUUGGUCGAUUUCCUCGUCGGUGCUGGUAUCAAGCCAACAUCAAUAGUGAGCUAUAACCAUCUCGGGAACAACGAUGGCAUGAACCUCUCGGCUCCUCAGACGUUCAGAUCAAAGGAGAUCUCAAAGAGCAACGUAGUGGACGAUAUGGUUGCCAGUAAUGGCAUCCUCUACGAGCCCGGUGAACACCCCGACCACGUCGUCGUCAUCAAGUAUGUGCCGUACGUGGCUGAUAGCAAGAGGGCAAUGGACGAGUACACGUCGGAGAUAUUCAUGGGAGGGAAGAACACGAUCGUUAUGCACAACACUUGCGAGGACUCUCUCUUGGCUGCUCCCAUUAUAUUGGAUCUUGUUCUUCUGGCCGAGCUCAGUACCAGGAUCCAGCUCAAAGCCGAAGGAGAGGGAAAGUUCCAUUCUUUCCACCCAGUUGCCACCAUCCUCAGCUACCUCACCAAGGCACCACUGGUUCCUCCAGGGACACCGGUGGUGAACGCCUUGUCGAAACAGAGGGCGAUGCUCGAGAACAUAAUGAGGGCUUGCAUUGGUCUAGCGCCUGAAAACAACAUGAUCUUGGAAUAUAAGUGAAGCCAUUGAAGGAGAGACCAUGGCCAUGGCCGAACAGGAAAAAAAAAAACUGAUAUGAGUAGUUGCUGAAACAUUGGAGCUGUGUUCUGUUCUUUCUGUUUUGUCUUUUAAGACGGAACCGAGCGAGUGUUUGAAAGAAGGCGGCAUCGGUUCUUCUUUCCCGUUUGUUGUAUUUGUAGUGAUGGUGUUGUGCUCUGUUCUGUAUUUUUUUUUUUAAUGUUAAUAAUAACGCAACAAUUGUAACUCAUAUUGUUUCAUCUUCCAUUACAUA